AUGCCCGGCGGCGCAGCGGCCCCCGUCGGCCGAGCCCUGCCGCCGCGCGGCUCCCCGGGCUCGGCGGCGGCCAAGGCGGAGUGCGGGUCCGGCGCGGCCGGCCGCGAGGCGCGAGGCGCGGCGCCGGCGCUGCCCGCGGCCGUGCGGGGGGCCCUGGAGCUGGCCGAGGCGCGGCGGCGGCUGCUGGAGGCCGAGGGGCGGCGCCGGGUGGUGUCGGAGCUGGAGAGCCGCGUGCAGCAGCUGCACCGCGUCUUCCUGCAGGCCGAGGGGCGCGCGGCCGGCCGCGCCGAGAGCCUGGGCCGCCUGGGCGGCGGGGCGGCGCAGGCCGAGCUCUACCUGGCGGCGCACGGGCAGCGCCUGCGGAAGAGCCUGCGGCGCUGCAGGAAGGCGCGCGCCCCGGCCCUGCUGGCCUCGGCGCUGGGGCUGGGCGGCUGCGCGCCCUGGGCGGCCUGCAGGGCGCGCCGCGGCCGGGGGGGCGCGCCCGAGCCGCCCGAGUCGCCUUUCAAGAGGAGCCUGCAGGGGGCGGUCGCUUCCCCGCAGGCGGCGGGGGGAGCCCGGCCUUAG